CGGCUAGGUUGCAUUCAUUGAGUAUAUAGGGACUAUACGUACGUGAAUCACCAUUGGAACCUUUGAUGAACGACAAGACAGUCUAUAGCAAAGUCAGAACUGUUAUUUCUCCGUGAUACAGGAAACAUUCACUGUAGGAGUGUGGCUGAAACUGCGUAUAUUCAACCAAUUCUCGGUUAAACAAUUUUUCAAGUUUCCAUCAGUGUUUUCCGGGUUUUGACAGUAUGGCGCCUGGUGACAAUCGUGUUCAUGGAGUGCAAGAGGAAGAGGAGGGUCCAGGAUGCUGCACCACGGUGCUGGUCUUCUGUUCUUACAUCGUCUUCGUUUUCACCCUCCCGUUUUCCCUCUGCUACUGCAUCAAGACGGUUGCGGAGUACGAGCGAGCCAUCAUCUUCCGGGCCGGCCGUCUGCUACCCGGGGGUCCUAAGGGGCCCGGCUUGUUCUUCAUUCUGCCCUGCAUCGAUGAAUUCAGAGUCGUCGAUCUCCGGACUCUCUCAUUUGAUGUGCCGCCACAGGAGAUCUUGUCCAAAGACAGCGUGACGGUGACCGUAGAUGCCGUGGUCUACUUCCGCGUACAAGACCCUACCGCCUCCGUCUUGAACGUGGAGAACUACAAGCGCGCCACGGAGCUGCUUGCUGCUACCACCCUGCGUAACAUCCUGGGCACCAAGACCCUGGCUGAGGUGUUGAGCCACCGCGACGAGAUCAGUGCCGGACUGCAGUCUCAGCUUGAUGUAGCCACCGACCCAUGGGGCAUCAAGGUAGAACGCGUCGAGAUUAAGGACGUCCGCCUGCCAAUCCAGAUGCAGCGUGCCAUGGCCGCUGAGGCUGAAGCGUCCAGAGAGGCCCGUGCAAAGGUGAUCGCUGCGGAGGGUGAGCAGAACGCCUCCCGCGCCCUGAAGGAGGCUGCCGACAUCAUCGCUGAGUCUCCCAACGCCCUCCAGCUCCGGUACCUCCAGACCCUCAACUCCAUCUCGGCCGAGAAGAACUCCACAAUCAUCUUCCCGCUGCCCAUCGACAUCCUCGCCGGAAUGAUGAAAAAAUAAUUAAGCCGUUUUGAUGAUCGAACGGGAUUGGCUGAAAGAACGACGGGGCGUGGCUUCACCAAAGCGCCAGUUUGUUCAUGUCAAACUGUUUAACAUAACUGUUUAUGUAGCCUGUUAGCAUUUUCUGGAUAUUGAUAAUUUAUGUGGGAGUUAUAUCGAAUUUUUAAUUUGUGCCGCAGGCUUAUGUUGUCCUCUACAAUAUUCAUAUUUACAUCUUUAUUUAAUUUUAUGUAUGCACUUAUUAUAUUUAUACCCGCUUUUAUGUAUUAUUUACAUGUGUAUUAAUUACAUUGAACUGCAGCUCACGCAGUGCAGUGCUACUACAUCUAUUACACUUUCUCGUUUAACAUUUAAACGGCUGGUAACAUCUCCAAAAAUAGGGGGCGCUCUUCAAAACCGGCCAUUUUCAGGGCACAUUGUAAGGGUUCUGGGGCUUUGUUUUCAUAUUCCUAGUUCACAUCAGAAUUGUCCAUACCAUUUUGGGAAAUGGUUACUGAAUUACAAUGGUAACAAAUUAUCCAACAUUUUAGGGCCAAUUUUUUUUUCAUCUCGAGGGGGCACACUUAUGCUCGAGGGGGCACAUGU